ACAAUAUUAUUAAUGCCUCUCCAUUCUUUAUUAUUCUCGUAAAAUUGUUGUUCUCUAUGUCUAUGAUUAUUCAUUAACAUGUCGGUAGCACGCGGCUCCGGCGUAUAGAUAAUAGAAUAAUAGUAUCAUUAUUAUUACAUAAUCCGUGGUCGUGCAGCAUGUGCAUUUGACUUAUCUUGUUAUUCUUUUUUUUCCGAUUGAACGAACGUGUUACUACCUCAUUUCGUAUUUCAAACGCGAUUCAAAUUUAUCUUUUUCGUAUUAUAAUAAUGGAUUACGAUCGCUGAUUGCAAUAUAUCGUUAAUGUAAUAGAACAUCUAUCAAUACCUAUUUAUCAAGUAAAGACAUUUCUCAACGUCGUUAUUUCUUACAACAACAAGACGAUUUCAUUGGCCCUACCCUAUAACGUGCAUAGGAAGAUCAUUUAUAUUAAUAACAAUGCCUAAGAAUAAGCAAAUUAAUUAUGAAGAACCUAUACCCAAGAGACCUCACAGAAACAUGAAAGCAAAAAUAGUAUUUGAUCCAUCUGAUACUCAUAUACCAAAGAAGAGAAGUAAACAUUCUUAUACAAAUAAAAAACCCAUGGAAGCAACUACUAUAAAAAAAACUACAAAUGAUGGAAGAAAACAAAAAGAUACAACAAAGUCAAAAUGUCCCUCGGUUACUGAUGUAACUGAAUUAUUGGAUUGUAUGUCAACUGAAAUCAAUACUAUAUCUCAAAUACAUUCACCAAUACAACUUCAAGUAAAACGGGUUACUCCUAAAGUAACUCUGGAUACAUCAAAAAAUUGUUGUAUUUGUUCAAAAAUUUUAGGAAAGACAGAAUUAAUUGAUUGUCCAAUUUGUUUCAUCAAAGUUCAUAAACACUGUUUAGUAGUCAGUGAGCCCAUGUGGAAAUUUAAACUGGAUAUGGGUCCUUGGUUCUGUAAACAAUGCAGAAAACAUAAUUGUCACAAAUGUCUCAGAGAUGAAUCCCAGUCGGAGAUACUGCGUCGCUGCAUAACUUGUGAAGUUGGUUUACAUAUAAUUUGUUAUGAGUCAUAUGAAAUUAAGCCAUUACAUAAAUUGGAAACUGAUAUGUAUGUAUGUAUUCCUUGCAUGACUUUGGCGACUCAAAUAAACCCAGAAGAAGAAGAAGACGUAGUAGAAGCAGUACAAUUUGAUGUUGAUGAUAAUGUCAAGUCAUGCCCCUCAAGUAUUGUGUCCAUAUCAUCUGACAGUGAUGAUACAGGUUCAGAAAGUAAUACUUCUGAUAAUUCAUCAGAAUAUUAUAAAUAUGAUAAACCUCAAAUCCCAAAUAUAUCAAAAUGGACUAAAAAACAAGUGUUUGAAUAUUUAUCAGAGAAAUUACCCAAAGAAACUGCUCAUCAAAUAAUUAAAUAUGAUUUAGAUGGCCAAGCUCUACUUUUACUUCAACGGACCGAUAUCGUAUCAAACAUGGGUUUGAAACUUGGACAUGCCCUGGCACUUUACAAACAAGUACGAAUUUUACAAUCGCAAAGUACAUUAUGUCGCAUAUUUUGGGAAUAAUUAUUAUUACACCUAAUAUCUACUUAUUGUUGGAUAAUAUAAAAAAGUUGUUUGUAAUAUUUUUUUACAAAUUAUACUUAUAGUUAGUUUGAAACCUGUCUUUUAAAAAUGUUUGAAAUAUUAAUGCAAAUAUACAUUAUUCAAUAUACUUUGUGAAUAUGCCCCACUAUAAACAUAAACAUAAUAAUUUGAUUAUAUAUUUAAAUUUAAAAAAAACUUGUAAUAGUUCACUGUAGGUACACAAAAAUAUGUAAUCAACAAUAAUAUACUUCUAUAUUUUAUAUAAUAUAUUUAAUAAAUACUACC